UUUUGUUGAUAUGUGUUUUUGUCAGUUUUACGCGAAUUGGACAUAUUUAUUAAGGUUUAAGAAAUAAUGGUGAUCAUUGUACAAUAUAUCCUUCUGAAUUGUGCAAUUAUUUGUUUUUAAGAGUGCAGUUUGUGGUAAAAAUUAGGAUUAUUAAAGCUUUUGUCAAGGCAUUGUCAUAACAAUGAAAAUUGAUAGAUAACAAAUUGCAAAUUUUAGUUGUUUACCUAAUAGUUUAGAGCCCAGCUAAGGAGACACUUUAGAUUUGCCUUUUCGCAUAUCGGAAUCGAGUUUGUGGUUAGUUCAAAGAUAAUAAACAAAAAAUAACAAAAUGUGCUGUGAAGGUUGUAGCGUGACCCAACGGAAAUCAUGGGUGUUUGGCUUUGGAACUUUCUUCACCGUUAUCGGCAUUGCCAUGCUUAUAUUUUGGAAAGGGAUCGCGGAACAUAUUAUGCAAAAGAAUUUGGUAAUUUCAGUUGGUACCGAAGGCUAUAACAAUUGGGUGGAAGCACCCAUUCCCAUUUAUUUAGAGUUUCAUAUGUUUAACUGGAGCAAUCCUGAAGAGAUAAGAAACCCGAACGUCAAACCGCAUUUCGUUGAAAUGGGACCCUACGUGUUUCUUGAGAAGCACUUGAAGCAAAAUAUUACGUUCUACGAAAACAAUACGGUCUCGUACUUUGAAAAACGAACCUGGUUUUUCGAUGAGCAGCGAUCUGGCGGCUCUUUGGAUGACUUGCUAACAGCGGCUCAUGUGAUAACAGCGACUGUUGCUGAUCAGAUGAGACAUAGGAACAAGUUUAUCAAAAAAAUAGUUAAUUUCAUGCUGAACCGUGAGGGCGGUGAGCUGUACACAACGAAAACGGUGCGCGAAUGGAUCUUUGAAGGUUACAAGGACAAACUUAUCGAUUUUUUAAACCUUUUCAAUACAACAAAAAUAAAUAUACCAUACACUCGCUUCGGCUGGCUGGUCGAUCGCAAUGGUUCAGCCGAAUACGAUGGCCUAUUCACUAUACAUACUGGUGUCGAGGAUAUGGCUGAUUUGGGUCGCUUGACGCAUUGGAACAUGAAGAAUGAGACUGGCUUUUAUGAGGCGCCAUGCGGCACCGUUAAUGGCACCACCGGCGAUCUAUUCCCACCGCAUUUAAGUUCCGAGCAAGAAAUCACCAUCUUCGCCACAGAUGCGUGCCGUUACAUGAAUUUGGCACCAAACGGUACUGUCGAAAAAUACGGCAUAACGGCAUACAAUUGGGUAGGAACGACCGAGACACUUGACUCCGGUGAAAAUUAUCCAAACCAGAAAUGUUUUUGCGAUCCGAAGACCGACGAAUGCCCCAAAACGGGAGUUGUGGAGUGUAAAAAAUGUCGCGACAACGCACCAAUUUAUGCAUCUUUCCCACACUUCCAUUUGGCUGAUCACAGCUAUUUGGACGCUGUAACGGGGUUAACACCGGAUUCGAAUAAACAUAGCUUCAACUUGGCAAUAGAGCCAACCACUGGCAUACCUCUACAAGUAAAUGGACGUCUGCAAAUCAAUAUGAUGAUGGAACCAGAUAACGACUUCGACAUCUACCGUGGUGUACCGAAAUUCCUGAUGCCCAUGUUUUGGUUUAAUCAAAUAGCUGUAUUAGAUGAAAAACUAGCUAGUAGAACAAAGCUUGCAAUGAAUUUGGGAGAUUAUGGCAUCUACACUGGCAUCGUUUUAUUAUCAAUUGGAGUCAUCUUCUUUAUUGUGGGCAUAGUGUUGACAUUGACAAAGCGAUGGAAGCGCACACCGAACGAUGAUGAGGACAUGCUUACGAAUUAGGCAUUGUGAUCGACUAUUUAAAGUAUAACUCUAAACCAAAAACUGAGUAUGACUCGUUUUAUAUCUAAUCUUUGUACAAAGUCACGUUAACAGUAGCCAAAGUGCCAGCAGCUAUUCCGGUUGCAAAAGUCCGUGAAUACUUGCAUGCUAUACUUAGAACUAUCUAAUUCGCUAUUAUAUUACAUCGGCUGCAUUGCUAUUUCUCUUUAUAAGUCUUUAAAUUAUGUAUUUGUAAAACACCGAGUUGUUUGCGGUUAUGUGAUUUUUUAAUAUGCAAUAAAUCUAAUAUAAUAUACCGUUUAUAUGGAACUGAAGAAAUACAUGCUGGAAUUUAUAUAAUCCCGCUUCAAAAGGUAUUCUAACUACCUUUACCGUUACUUAAUAGCUUAUAGUGAAACAUAUUUGAGUGGUUUUGAGAUUCUCCAGACGAAUGUAUAUAAUGGUUUCUUUUAAUUUUGUAAAGCAACAAUGCAGCAGCCUAAAAAUUAAAGAAAAUAGAAUUUAUGCGAACAAUAAGCAGAGCUUAGUUAUUUAGUAUGUUCAAUAUCCGGCCUUAUUCAAGUAAAGUAGUGAAAAUAAUGUAUUCUCCAAGUGUAUAUAUUUCAUAAAUUUUUAUUUUUAUUUGAAAUUUAUAUAUUAUAAUAAAGUUUACGCUAAACAGUGGGAA